AAGUUUCAGUGGAAAUCAGGUUUUCGAAAAGAAAAUAGUUAUACACAAACUUAAAAAAUGAUCAAUCAUCGACAGCUCAGUCUUGCAAUCUCACUGCUCCUGCUUGGCUUUCUAUCUGGAACUAGGGCACAUCCUGAAACAGAUGCAACGGAUAACAAAUUGGAUAAGCAACAGUCCAUGGAGACGACCACAUCGGCUGAAGGUGCUGCGAACGAGACGGGCUUCGACUUUCAGGAAGUAGUGCGCACUUGUAAUGCCAGUUACACAAUACCGUUAGAAUACAUACAGCAAUUCAAUGAAACCGCAGAACUGCCGAACAUAACGGACAAAACGGGCAUGUGCUUCCUGAAAUGCUACAUGGAGAAGUCGGGCCUUUUGCGAAAUUGGCAGCUGAAUCCAACACUGAUCCGGCAAACUAUGUGGCCAGCCACUGGCGACUCUUUACCCGUCUGCCAGAAUGAAGGCUCUCGUGAGACUUGUCCUUGCAAACGCACCUAUGCCAUCGCUAAGUGCCUGACGUUACGCGCUCUCGUGGAUGCCCGCAAUAAGCCGUUGGUUUGACAACAUUCUGUCAACUUCACUAGCAACAAUGAAUCUUAAAUGGUCACAUAGCCACAUGUUAUUAGCAACUUGUUUGCUCUUCGUGCACUUUAGCGCAACGCGAGUUAAAUAUUUAGAUCUACACUUUAAUAAAUAUAUUUAGAAGCACUUGAA